AACUUCAGACUUGAUUUGGCCAUAUUCAACGUAUUAGAUUCUCAUUUGAUCCUCAGCAAAAUGAAGGCCUCCAUUUUCACUUUAUUUCUAUUCUCUGUCCUACUUGCCACCUCCGAAGUGACAAGUGCGAAGUCUGUGAAGCUCUGUGGGCGCGAGUACGUGAGAACAGUCGUCUACAUCUGCGCUAGCUCCAGGUGGAGAAGGUACCUGGAAGGGAUCCCUCAAGUCCAGCAAGCUGAGAGGGAAAACUACUUCCAACUUCCAAAAGAGCAUCAGGUUUCUGAGGAAAGCAUAGCGCAAAACCUUCUGAAGGUGGAUUCUGCGGGGCAGGAGAGUCUUCAGCAGGGACAGCUGCCCACUGAAGGGCUUUGGGGCCCAAAGAAGCAUUCAGUGAUGUCAAGACGAGACUUACAAACUCUGUGCUGCACUAGUGGCUGCUCCAUGGCUGACCUGAGUGCUCUUUGUUAAGACAGGAGCACAUAUCCAGGGGGUGGCAGAGGUUUAGCACAUGUUUAAUCCCAGUAUCUUGCUGCCCAGUACACUUGCAUUAUGUAAUUUAAAUAACAGCUUUCGGAUAGGCAAUCUUCCUCUCUUAAAAGUUGUCCAUGAAUGGUUAAAGCCACGCUGAAGUCUGUUUUCUUUCUUUGUUAAGACUACUGCACUGUUCUUCUCAAAUUUUAACUAAUCCUUUGAAAUUUCAAAUGCUGUAUAAAAUUGCAAUAAAAAUGUCAUAAACAAA